CACUGCCCCUGUUCACUUCUUUCCAUUUCAAGAGAACUUCGAACGAUUGACCUGCCGAAGUGGACCCUUUGAGGCUUCUGAGAGUGGCCGUUGCGGCCCUUGCUACACUGAUCAUUCAGGGGGUUUGUAAGGGUGCGCCGAAAUAGCUGAACCUCUGAUCACGACCCUGAAAUCACACUUCCAAUUGAGCAUUGUAUGUUAGAACGCCAGUACUUCUGAUUCGUGCGCAGCUGCCCGCAUUACCAGUAUUGUCUUAUACGCUGAUCAGGUUGGGGGCUCAAGUGGGAGCUCACUGCAUGCUGCUUGUGAUCUUCUGGAGGAUGCUCAUCUUUUCACAGCGAUCCAGUAGAAAGGGUCAGUCGCACUUAGGAUCAAGUCCCUAGAGCUGGCACCCACAAGAAAGGGGAUACAAAACCAACACAGAAAGUAGGAGUGCGCUCCGCAAUUUCUCAAACCGCCGCUGUCAGACUCAAUUGUAUCCACAAAGACACCUAUAGAAGGAACAAGAACGCCGCCAGGGAAUACUUAACCGUCGCAGAAUCCAAUGAGCGCGCUCCGCAACCCCCCAGGCCGCCGCUUUGGCUGGGGCCUGCCCCUCGCCGCUCUUGCAUGCUGUGCGCUUAUCGUACAGCUGUUGAGCGGACAGUCAUGGGUGCUUCCCGCCGUUUGCUGUAAGGGAUGCGUGCGUGACCCCCCGACAGGCUGUAGUCCAGGGGAACUAGACAGGGCUGAUCACUCCGUGUUCCAUCUGUCGGAGUCUGACCUGCCCGGAAACGAUCUGGUCUUCAAGCUGUUCUCAGAAGAGGUGAAAAAGGAUGGGCCGGGGUUGUUGGCAAGUGGACAAGGACAGCAAGUGCGUACUGAUCCGGUUAAGUUUGCAACUAGAGCGGAGAAAGAGGUUCCAAAGUUGUUCCAGGUUUCUGGGCAGCGGGAGACCGUCGCCUCUGGCAGUGACGAGUCCAGCCCAAAGUCUCAAAACCCAGCAAGUCAAAAGGCAACAUUCAACUCCUCAUCUGAUACUCUUCCAGAUAUCGAUCACUCAACGGCAGAGGCCGCCAAGAACAAGGCCUCUCAUCCCUUCAGAAUUGCACUCUUGAGCUCGUACACCCCCCAAAGGUGUGGUCUCGCGGAAGCCACGCACGAUCUGUACCACAGGGGGUUGGUUUCGGCAGGGCUGCUGACCCCCCGCGUGAGUGUGGGUGUAAUUGCGGUGGACGAAGGGGGGACGGCGGGCAAUUACUCGGAGGAGGUUGCCUUUGUGAUCAGCAAAUGGAACCAGGAGGACUAUGUGCGAGCCGCUGACGUCAUCAACCGCGACUAUGACGUCCUCAACGUCCAUCAUGAGUACGGAAUCUUUGGGGGUGACAAUGGGGAGUUUUUGCUGGCCCUCCUAUCCCGCUUAACCGUUCCAGUCGUAACCAACCUACACACCGUCCCUACUUCCCUAUCUGUCCAAGCCAAAACGGUCGUCGGCAGAAUCCUGCACCAUUCCGCCCGAGUCCAAGUCUUCCUCCCCUCCUUAUGCGACCGCCUCCGGAAUCAGUUCUCCCUCCGUUUCAAAUGCUCGUUUUCGCCUCGAGGGGUCCCCUCGCCAUCAGCCAAAACUCGCCAGAUCCUUUCGGGGGGGUCAGAUGAGGUGGUGAUCGUCACCCCCGGACCGCUGGCCCCCGCCCAUCGCAUCGAACACAUGAUCGAAGCGAUGAAGAUAGUGCGGGCCGCGAUCCCCCAAGCAGUGUAUCACGUUCAGGGGGAUCUCCCGAGAAAUGCUGACGUCACCGCUGCCAAAGAUUACGUCAGCAGUCUGAGGCGCCUGGCGGAGUCGUUCGGGGUAGAGGACGCGGUUCGCAUCGAGGAGCGGUUUGCUGGUAACGAGGAGCUAACCACGCUGGUUAGCAGGGCGAGUCUCGUGGUUACGCCGUACAUUGACCGGACCCAGGUUUCCUCUGACGUCCUGGCUCUUGCCGUCGCCCUCGAACGCCCCGCGAUCGCGACCCCCUUCGAGUACGCUCGAUGGCUCUGCAACCGGACCAGUGCCGGCCCCCCCGUUUGCGCGCUUGUCCCCUUCCAAAACCCCGGCGCGCUAGCGGCGGCCGCGGUGCGCAUCCUGCGCCGCCCCGACCUGCCGCGCGUCGCGCCCGCGGCCGCGCACGCGCGCGGCAUGCUCGCAUACUGGCCCGAGCUGGCGGCGCGCUGGGUGGCGCUCCUGCGGGACGUCAGCGUGACGUGGCAGAGGGACCGGACGUUCCGCGUCAGGCGGAUCCAGGGGCCGUUUCCUAAGGCUGACGUAAACGAUCCGAAGAACGACGAAUCUCAAAUGAAAACGGACGGCUUAGGGGGGCAAUCUCGUUUGACGGCCUCGCAAACGGAGCGGGAUGAGAUUGGCGGGCUUCGAUUGAAAACGGGUCCUUUCAGGGGGGUCCAUUCGGCCGGUGGAGCGCCCCCCCUCGAGCGGUGCACCGCGCAGCGGGGCGCUGACGGCUCCUUUUACGCCACCAAUAGCUUAUUGGCCCUGCACGGCCGCUUUUAUAAGGGCGGGGAGCAUAGAGUCAAGCAUACCCUGCUCCAAGGCUCGGACCUGGUAUUAGGUGCCGCGGGCGUCCGAUACGGCGGAGCGUUUCUGUCCGCACGAUCGGAGAUUGGACAGGUGGAAACGAGGCUCAUUCCAGACGUGGAGAAUUUACGACAGGAGGGGAGGGGCGCGGUUCUGGGGUUCGAGUCGCUUGUGUUCGCUUCCGGGGAUGAAUCUGCGCCGGUUGCGAGAGUGUCAACGUCGUUCCGACUGCAGCCAAAGUCGACGGCUCUGACACUAGAGUUUCGAGUCGAGGCGAUGGGCGGGUGCUUGGCUGACGUGGAAAUCAUCUCCGGAAUGGAUUGCAUGUCUAGCACUUUCCCCGGGCUUACUUUCGACACGUUUCGUGCCCGGUCGACCGACGGCAAAGACAUCGGUGUCUCAGCUACGAGCGCGGAAGCGACGUUGUUCGAUCGCACCAAAGACGGAGUUUCAGACUGGAGUAUUGUCAUGAACAGGGCGGGCGAUUUCGGUGUCGUCACGGUUCCCCGUAACGAGUCUCUGUUGAGCUCCACGUUCAGCGAAGUAAGCGAAGAGGCGGGUGACGUCAGCUUCCAUUACGUGGCGAGUCGGUAUGCCCUAGGCGAGGUGUGCAGUGGUUUGCCAAAGUCCAUCGUAGAAGAGAAGAUUCUGGUAUCGAAGAUAGAUGUAGAUAAUUGGUCUUUUUUUGACGGAGUCGUUCGAGAGCUUAAUCCUAACUGAACGGCUUAAAGACUCAUCGAUUCCCAUUUGUCUGAGAUUGCCGUGCGAGAUCUCAACCGCUUUUGAUAAGAUACUGACAACGUAAUACUAAUCAACGCAUGCCGACCGUUAGUGGAUAAGUUCAAAAGACUAGCGCUGUGAAACGAGGCUGGUGGUUGGAAAAGGCGUCCUGAAUUCUGGAGCGGCAGAACAGUAGAAGAAGCGGAUGCUUGCAGCCUGCGAGAGGACAAAAAUACUUGCAGAUACAACAAGGUCUGUAUUUUGGACCGCGGUGAGGUGCCAGCGAAGUAUGAGGCGGAAAUGAUUGUCUUGGCGCCGUGCAUGGCA